UCCAGCACAUGGGAUGGUUGGGCGGGUCAUCAACGCGCACAGCUGCUCCGCCUUCAAGGCGUUGUGGAAGAAAGGAUCACAGUCGGGACACUACAUUAAAAGGCGAUAAACAGACAUCAAUGUAUGUAUUUUAGAAAGAAAAAUAAAAUGCGACCACGCCUACUAAGCUCAUAGGAUUUUAGGGCUGGGACUGUAUCAAUGCGCCGCGCCGUUGUGCGCUCUGGAGCAACGUAGCGCGUCAAAGAAUUCCGAUUUCUCGGCGACUUGUUUACACAGGAGCCAACCAAAGCCACGUUUUAAGCAAGCUUGGUUGGGACAGUAUGACUGUUUAGCAUUUAAGUCACUGCCCAUGCAAACAGUGAACAACCAGUGCAGGGAAGCAAGCUACAAAUCCAUCAGUAUUAGUGAAUUUCCUUGACAUCCUAGAAAAAAAAAAACUGUCCAUCGGUGAGAUUUUGAUAACCUGGAGUAUUGCCGUUGAUCGACAGGGCGAGCACGUGUGCAUGUAGCUAAUCGCUUUGUUGUAUGAUAUUUCACCGUGGAUGUGGACAUGAAAACUGUUGCAAACUAACCACAACUACGCCUGACCUUGGUUGCAAAUGGUACAGAUCGGCUCGGCAUCAUUUUUGAAAGUAGUCUUUAGUCCCACAUCUGUGUCACCGAGCUUCAGCCGAAAGUCUGCUGCGUCGACAUGGAGAGUCAGGAGGAGAGGGAGAACAGCCCUCCGAAGUCCGACAGGAGGUUCGCCCUGACUUACAUCGGCUGGUCCUCGCUCGACAGGCGGACCACCCUGCCCAUGCUGCCGUGGCUGGUGGCUGAGAUCCGCAGGAGAAGUGAGAAAGGAGACUGCGGCCCCAUGGUGCAGCCAAGAGAAGUUCAGCUGGUCCUCAACCCCCCCUUCGUCCGAUGUGUCCCUUCCAGCAGCAACAACUCUUCAGUCUUCAUAUUCGAGCACAAAGCACAGCUCAUCUCUCGCUUCAUACACAACAGCAAUGACCUCACCUAUUUUGCCUAUCUGCUGCGGGGCCAGCCUGACAACCCUGAGUCCGAGAUGUCCUGUCACGUCUUUAAGGCCUCCGACCCCAACCAGGUCCCUGAGGUGAUCAGCAGUAUUCGCCAAGUGUCCAAAUCAGCCCUAAAGGAAGAUGCCAAGCCCAAACAGGAAGCUGACGAGGCCUUCUACAACUCCCAGAAGUUUGAAGUGCUUUACUGUGGCAAGGUGACAGUUCUGCACAAAAAGGCUCCCGUCACCCUCAUCGAUGACUGCAUCGACAAGUUUCGUCUGCAUGAGGGUGAGCGCAAGCGCCUGAGGCUACUCAACGGUCAGCGAGGGUCCGCAGAGAGUACCCCUGUGGAGCUGUUAAUAGGGGAAGAAGGAGACCCUCUCUCCUCUGUUCUGACUGAGAGUAUAGAAGACCACGGAGGCCCUGGAGUGGAGGACAUGACCGGAGGUGGAGGUAAAGGCCUGUGUAACAGUGCCAGUCAGAGCAGCCUGCGAGGAGCGUUCCCCGAGUGCAUCCUGGAGGAUUCUGGGUUUGAGGAGCCCCAGGAGUUCCGUGCGCGCUGCAGCAGCCUGGCAGGGAGUCUGCACAAGAAGCCGGGGGAAGGCGUCAUCAUGGGUCCCACACGCCGCAGGCACUCGAGCGCACCAAACCACGUUCAGCCAUCUGAUUCAGACAAGAACCGUACUAUGCUCUUCCAGGUCGGCCGUUUUGAAGUAAAUCUCAUAAGUCCAGACAGCAAAACAGUGGUGCUGGAGAAGAACUUCAAAGAUAUCUCAUCCUGCUGUCAGGGUGUUAAGCAGUCUGACCAUUUUGGAUUCAUCUGUCGGGACCCAUCAGAGUCUGGUCCCAGUCAGUAUGUGUGCUACGUUUUCCAGUGUGCCAGUGAGUCCCUGGUAGAUGAAGUGAUGCUGACCCUGAAGCAGGCCUUCACUACAGCAGCCGCCUUACAGAGCAACAAGACCGAGAUCCAGUUGUGUGAAGCCUGCCCCAUGCAUGGCCUGCACAAGCUCUGCGAGCGGAUUGAAGGUCUCUACCCACCCCGAGCAAAGCUAGCUAUCCAAAAAUAUCUCUCCCAGCUGACUGACAAUGAGCAGGCUGAGAUCUUUGAGCGAGUUCAGAAAUUGAAGCCCGGGUCAGACCAAGAGGAGAAUGAGCUGGUGAUUCUCCAUCUGAGACAGCUCUGUGGAACCAAACAGAAGUCCCACCUCCACAUCAGAGAGGCACCACAGAAUUCAGCAAACAGCUCAUCCGCGGGAGACGGCACAGCCACCAGCAGUCGCUUUAAACUUGAUCUUCUUAAGAAUAAAGCACGCACCUCCCUUACCAGCUCCCUGGAGAACAUCUUUUCAAAGGGUGCCAGCCGGAUGCGGGGCCGCUUGGGAAGCAUGGGAAGCAUCGGCGGUUUUGAAAGACAAGAUGAGGAAUCUCCCGGUCACUCCCCUCCAGGUUCCCCUCCUGCUUUCCCUGACGACGACCCGGAAGACGGCCUGCAUUUCCGCCGGCGUGCCCACACUUUCAGCCAUCCACCUGUAAAGAAACGCAUCUCCUUCGAGGGCCAGCUGGCCAGCCAGAGCAAACAGGCUCCACUGCGCAGACAACAGUCUGUUAACCCAGAACUGCUGCAGGGCAGUCCCGUAGCUGUCUCGAGAAAACGCAGCGUUUCGGAGAGCGAGUCAACCUUCAGCCUCCCUUCCUCCUUCUCCACCCCUACUUUCCUGAAAAGCUUUUACCAGGGCUCACUGGGCUCCCUGAGCUCCCUGGCAGACAGUGGGAGCCUCAAGAGCAAUGGGGAAGGCAGGAAGAGGACCCUGUCGGGCUGCAGCAGUGACUCAGUGAGUCUCCCUCAGACCCCACGCAGGGUCUCCUGGAGACAGAAGAUCUUCCUGAGGGUCGCUUCACCUAUGAACAAGCCAUCUGCAUCGAUGCAGCAACAAGACCACUCUGAUGGCAGGGAGCUGUUGCCUCUCUCUCCCCGUGGCCUGGAUCCUUUCGGGCGUCUGCUUCCACCGGCAGGUGACCCCCUGUCUGGGGAGAGGCCUAAGAGGACGGGGGCUGACUACCGGGCCCUCUGGAAGACUGCCAUCCACCAGCAGAUCCUUCUUCUGCGCAUGGAAAAGGAGAACCAGAGACUGGAGGAAGCGAGCAGGGAUGAGCUGCACAUCCGCAAGAUAAAGCUGAACUACCAGGAAGUGGGCCAGUGCUCCAAAGAGGUGCAGGCAUUGUGGGAGAGAAAGCUGACAGCCCCGGGCAGGACAACAGUCCCACAGGACCAGGAGGAGAUGUAUCGUGCACUCUGCCAAGGUGUUUCCAAGAGCAGGCGUGGGGAGGUCUGGUUGCUCCUGUCCCAUCAGCACCGGCUGCGUCACAGGCUGCCCCAGCGUCAGCAAGCCCCGGACACCCCCUACCAUGACCUGCUCAAGCAGCUCACCGCGCAGCAGCAUUCAAUUCUGGUGGAUCUAGGCCGGACCUUCCCCACCCACCAGUACUUCUCAGCCCAGCUGGGCGCAGGGCAACUUUCCCUCUACAACCUCCUGAAAGCCUAUUCUCUGCUGGAUACAGAGGUUGGCUACUGCCAGGGUAUCAGCUUUGUGGCUGGGGUGCUGCUGCUGCACAUGAGCGAAGAACAGGCCUUUGACAUGCUGAAGUUCCUCAUGUAUGACCUCGGCGUCAGGCAGCAGUUCAGACCUGACAUGGUCUCUCUGCAGGUUCAGAUGUACCAGCUCUCCAGACUGUUACACGACUACCAUCGCGAGUUGUACAAUCACUUCGAGGAGCACGAGAUCUGCCCGAGCCUCUACGCAGCGCCGUGGUUCCUCACUCUCUUCGCCUCACAGUUCCCCCUCAACUUUGUGUCCCGCGUCUUUGAUUUUGUAUUUGUGCAAGGGACUGGGGCCAUCUUUAAAGUGGCCCUCUGUCUGCUGAGCAGCCAUGAGGGGGAGAUAGUGGAGUGUGACACCUUUGAGAGCAUUGUGGACUAUCUGAAAACUACACUUCCCGCCCUCACUCAGACGCAGAUGGAGCAGACCAUUGCAAAGGUAAUGGAGAUGGACAUCUCCAAGCAGCUGCAUGCGUACGAGGUGGAGUACCAUGUCCUGCAGGAUGAGAUGUUGGAUGCCGGGCCGCUGCCUGAUGACUCCGACCGGCUCGACAAACUUGAAAAGACCAAUGUGCAGUUAAAGAAACAGAACAUGGACCUGCUGGAAAAACUUCAGGCUGCACGGCAGAAGAUUCAGACACUGGAGACGAGUGUAGAAAGCUUCCUUUCUCGGGAGAGCAAAAUGAAGCACAUGAUUCGCUCUCUGGAGCAGGAGAGGGCAGCUUACCAGAAGACCAUUGAACGCAUGCGCUCAUGCCUUCCCCCUGACGCCCUGACAGAUGUGGAGAUGACCCAGAUCAAAACAGGACCCAACGGGAAAGCCAAAACUGCAGCCAAGAAGCCCUGAUGGCAACCAGGGGGCUGGCUGCUCUGGACAGAUGCACAGGCAGAGACUGAAGUGAACAAAUGGUGCCUGCUUUAGUCGAAGGCUGCUGAGCUCCACAGCUAUUGUUGUACUGCUGCACAAGAGUAGCAGGGUUUUGUAAAUGUGUGACGUGGACUUAAGAUGUGCAGACUGCAUGGGAAUCUACAUGGUAUUCGUCAGCUUAUAUCCGAGCAGUGGGAGGAUGGUUUCAGUUAUAUUAGCAAACCAACUGUUCUAUCAGUGCAUCAAAGCUGCUGUUCUGUCUGAUCUGCUUCACUGCCAGUUUGAAGGUGAAAUCAAGAUGCACUUCCUUAUUCAGAUCUUUUUUGUAAUCACGGGGGAAUUUUCUAGAUUGACACGAGAGAAAUACGUCUGCCUCUGCUAAUCUUUUUUGAGCACUGCCUUGAUGUAGUUACUAUCAAUCUCUGUAGCACCACAAAAGCAUUCAACAGAAGUUGCCUGUUAGCAAACAAUCCUUUGGACUUCAGGUUCAACUUAUAGCCAUUACCAGUGUGCAUGAUCCAGGAGUUGAUGCCCCAUUGUUUUUGUUGUUUUUGAACUUGUGUCUGUGAUGGAAACUCUGCCUCAGAGUAAUCACAUUGCUUUGUCAUUUCCUUGUAUUCACUUGAAAUGUGUGAAUGCAAUGUCUCUCCAAAGAUCAUUGUGAUAACAUUCUGUUUUUCACAGCAGAGACAUCUGACUGCCUGUCUGCCAUAUUAGGCUUUAAAUUUCGGCAGACAUAUAUGGUAUCUUGUUGCUCAUCCCCCUGCACCGCACCACUGCCUUCACGUGAGAGGUCUCUAAAAUGUGCACUUGCUGCUUUUUAAGGAGGAAGUGUUUCUUCCAAAGCUCAGGCAGGAUGUGAGGUCGUCUGCCUUCUCAGUUUCCUGUGUGACUGACCGCGGUGUUGCCUCGUUUAAGCAACACGUUCAGACACUGAGGCAGAGUUUAAGAACCCCAGGAGGCGCCGAAAAGAAGGGUGAUCUGAAUGUACACCACAUGCUUCUGUUCCAAAAGUUUGUAUGACAUUUUUGUUUUUGUCAGCCAGAGGUUUGACAAAAGUAGCAACACCCUCUCUUCCUGUAUUUCUGGAAGGUGGGUCUACAAGCAGCUAGUGUUGUUUGGCUAAGGAAUUCAAGACAACACAUGUUUAGGUGAGUAGAGAGACCGCAAAGAAAAUAAGAAGAACCUAAUCAGUUUCCUUUUGAGUGGGGGGAGUCUCCCCUGAUGCUGGGUAAUAUGUACAGUAUAUGUGUACACACACACACACACACACACACA